AUGCAGGGAGCUUCCGGGUCGGGAUUCGUCGUGGACCCAUCCGGUCUCGUCCUCACCAACUGCCAUGUGGUUCGCGACGCGGCGGCACGCGGUGGCACAGUGACGGUGACCCUCUCCGACGGCGUCACCCGGCUGCGCGGCGUCGUCGAGCACUCGGACGCCAUUUCUGACAUCGCGGUCGUGCGAGUGAACCACCACGCUGCACUACCCGCAGCAGAGCUGGGCUCGUCGUCCGACCUCCGGCCCGGAGAGUUUGUGGUGGCGCUGGGAGCGCCGCUGGGCCUGACCAACUCGGUCUCCUUCGGCAUCGUGUCUGCCAUCGAGCGCACCCGCUCGGAGCUCGGCUUGCACGACUCGCUCGGCGCACGGAACACGACAGCGUAUAUCCAGACGGACGCGUCCAUAAACUCUGGCAACUCGGGCGGCCCGCUCCUCGACGUGCAUGGGCGCGUGAUCGGCGUCAACACCAUGAAGGCGAUGGGGAUGGACGGGAUCGCCUUCGCCGUGCCCAUCGACGAGGUGAAACGCGUCGUGCGCCAGCUGACGGCGCACGGCCGCGUCCUGCGGCCGUACCUCGGCCUCAAGUUCAUCGAGCUCUCCGAGCCGGUGGCGGAGGAGCUCAACGCACGCGCCGCCGAGAAGGAGUCGCGCGGGCUCUUUGGCGGCGGCCACGUCGCGCGCGUGCCGGCGCGAGGCUUGUACGUGAUGCACGUGACGCCCGGCUCGCCGGCGCAGCGCGCGGGCUUCCGGAUCGGCGACACGAUCGUGGGGAUGCGGGCGGGGUCGCCGGCGGCAGAGGUGGUCUCGACCAAGCAGAUGGUCGACGGCCUGUCGGAGCACGUCGGCGGGCAGGUCGAGCUCGAGGUCUCGCGCGACGGCGAGAAAGCCAACAGCUGGCUCGAGGUGACGGUCGAGACGAUGCAGACCUGAGGUGCUCUGUCUUCGCCUUCAGCGUCGGCGGGCGCUAGCUCUAGAUCGUUGGGAUGUGACUGCUAUACCCACGGUGGGAGUUUUGGGGUCGGGCUCCCGCGCUGGUCACGUGCUGCCAGGGAACAUACACGCCCGAGAGGAGCGAAUCGACUGACUGUUAGGACAGCGUGACACUUCACACCCAUCGGAUUACGUCUUCGCCCCUUAUCA